AUUAAGCGACACUCGACUGAAAACUCUACCGCCUAGAAAUAGAGUUCAGGUUUGUGAUUCAUCUAUUUUCGGGACAGUAAAGUUAAGUUUGUAGAAAAUCUCAUACGGUGCGGUGAUGCAACAAGUGUACAAGCCAACAAAAGCAGAGAUUAGGGGUGAUUUAUACAUUCUUUUAUUUUCCACCCCCGAGUUUUGUUCAAGAGAUAUGGUAACUGAAAUUCCCACGCAAAGAACAGAGGGGUCCUUUUCACGAUGAGGUUUUUUCUACCUUUGACAGUUGGAAAAUUUCAACUUGAAAAGGUUUUUUUUCGCAUAAAUUAGAAUUAGUCAUGAGUAGGUAGUGUAAAAUUGUGGAGUUUGGAAAAAUAAUACACAGAAUACGACAAUUCGUUUAUUCACAAAGGUAUUUUAAAGGAUUUUAAUAAAAAAAUUGACGUUGGAAGACGUAACAAUUUAUUAAAACAAAUCUGCUCAAAGAAUACAAAUAUCUACAUACUUCUAAAAAAUGACAACAAUUAUAUCAUACAAGUGAGAUAUACAUAGAAGAACCUCGAAGAGCGAGAGUAUUCGAAUUAGAAAACAACAAAUUAUAAGGUACAAACUUAAAAAAACAAUAAAUUCAUAACAACCAUAUUCAAAUUAUAUAAAGCUAAUAGUUUAUUAUAUUAUGCUAAUUCCAGUAUAAAAAGUUAUAACAGACUCUUAUAAGAAACUACUAAGGCACUUCACGUAAAAUUAAACUAAAUAAUAAAUAACAUUCAGAAUAAGUUUAUUAAAGCUUCUAACCUAAAUAAAAUGUAUUAUUAAAAAAGUAACAUAACUAUACUACACUACAUUUAAAAACAAAACAAUUCUUAUCUUCCACUUAGUUCUCGAACACCCAAAAUUGAAAAACUAAAAAUAAUAUCUACUUCUAUACCAGGAAAGUAUUAUUAAAACUCAUAAUAACAAAGAUAGCAAUGCAGUCAAAUAAUUAUCCAAUUAAGAUAAGGGAUUGAUAAAGCCAGAUAUCGGGAGAUAUCAUCAAAAUAAGAGCACGUGGAAAUACCUUGACGUCAUAGCAAUAAUGAGACCAUUACUCUACUCAUUGAUAACGGAAAUAACACGUAUCAUAUUUAUUUACAUAAGAUAUUUUUCUUACAGAUCAAGAUUUUGUGAUAAUCAAGGGUAGAUAUAAAAGACUUGGUGUGAACCUAGGACUGCCAUGUCAAAGGUCGUGAGUUCAAAUCCCAGAUCGCCCCCUUUCCAAGGGUGUGUUAUGAUAAGCAUCGAGUUAUCUAUUAAUUAAGUAUAUUUGUUAAGCUCUAAUCUCUAAGAAUCAAAUCAUUUGAACUUAAGGAAGUUACACCUUUGAGUUCCUUCAAUUUUAACUUUACUUAUUUAAAAGCUUCUCAAUUAUAAUUACAUUUCUUCUGCGAUUACAUAAUGGCUUAAAUUCGUUUUCUCAAACGACUGUCAAUCUUAGCUUAACUAAAGUCCAAAACACGACAUCAUCAGAACUUUUCAGCAAAAAAAAAACAGCUAUAACUUCUCUAUCCCCACGUCAAAAAUCGCUGGGGUAACAAGUGGAAUCAUAAACAAGUAACAAUAGAGGGGUGCGAUCAUUUUGCAUCGUGGCCCCGCUCUGUGACGUCAGGGCACACUUGUCACGCCGCAGGGCACAAUGCACCACUUUUUAAAUGACGCAAAGUAUCUUCCCUCUAUCUAUUCUUUUCAUCCUUUUGUAAAGGUUUUUGCAUCUUCAGAACGUGGGAAACUGGACUAGCAUGAACAUGUUCUGGAAAAAAGUGACAAAUUUAUAUGCAGGUAGUGUUAGUGUGAUUAUAAAUGAAGAUUCGGUAUGCAAUUUGUUUAUAAAAAACCAUUUAAAUUGCCUUUAUUUCAAACAUGACCAAUUCAAAUACCUAAUCAUGUCUACUUUAGAAGAAUCUAAAUCACGUAUAAUUAAUAGACAGCAAAACCCUAUUUAAGUAAUUCAUCAGAAUCCAAGUCCUCCCAAUUUGCAUCAUAAAUCUCUAAAGAAAUCAUUUCAAGCAAUCUUUUGAUCGGCGUCAUUAUAAUGAUAACUUCAACCCCUAACAAUAUCACCUAAUCAUCUCAAAAUGCUCCUAAUAGACAUUUAAUUAUAGAGCCGGUCGAGUUCCACUGACCCCUUUUACACUUGUUUACAUCUUCAUCCCUUACCCCGCAAACGCGCUGAGCCAUCAAAAUGGUAUGUUUAAUUCCAAUACCCCAUACGAUUUAUUAUAACAAAGCAGAACGGGAACGAUCGACCGCUUGCCAUCUGUCGUCGUUCCGAAUCUCGAAUCGCCGAAAAAAAACUCAAUGUGCGAGCAACCCUGGGAACCUAGGAACGAGGAGCAUUCCCACGAACAACCCCUCAAUUUUCAAUAACCAAAUUAGCCUUUGCGUUACCCUAUUUCGGAUAUGAGGGAGUCGUGAAUCUAUUCAUAUCGAUAAAAAAUAUUUCACGUCUCGCUCGCGUCCCCGGUAAAUGCAUAUUUUCGUCCUAUUCGAAUGCACGUGUUCACCGAUCGUAUAUUUAAACUGCGAGCGUGUGUGUGCGAGAGCCUUCGGAUCGUAGCACCUGCCGGCGCGCGCGCACCCCAUUGGCUGAGCAACCACUAUCACCGCUACACUGAUUUCUUUUAAACUUAAUUUUUUUGUAAUACUCUCUUCGGACAUGUUAAGAAAAAAUCCUACAUGUUUGGACCGGUACGAGCCGAAUAUUUUGUGUGUAGGUGGCAUCUUAACUUUAAUAAUUCUUUUUGUAAACAAAAUGCUAAUGAACUUUGACUUGGAUGAUUCGAAUUCCGGAUCUAAGAUAUGGGGAUGCGUGUGAGGUUUACAAAUAGUGAUGCAUGCUUAUUCAAAUACUCUGCUUCUAAAAGAUGUUACUACUCAGAUACAUUAGAAAAAAUAGAUUAAAUCAAGUACAUUGCAAAAUUAAUAGUCCCGGCACACAGAGUCAGGUGUUGUUAGUGUCUCGUGACUUGCGCGUGAGCAGCGCAUGAAGUGUCCGCGCCGAGGGGUCGUGUCCCCCUGACUUAAUGACCUCGGUGAAGGGAUAACAAUCGCAUUGAAUCGGCCACCGCGAGCCGAGGGGGCAAUCAACAUGUGUUGUAUUUGCCCACAGUUGGGCGUGUGGACGGCACGUGACCGACUUUCCCAUGAACCCCUUCACACACUUGUUUGAUAUGAUAAUAAGAAUCAAAUAGGCACAUGUGAAAACUACAGACAAGUGUUUCAUUAUAAAUUCAUAGUAACAUAAUAAAUAAACUAGCUGUCAUAUUAACGAUUUAUGGAUUAACAAUACUUACGAUCUAACGAUCAACAUCUACACUAGUUAGAUAAAUCUUCAAAAUGCAGUAAAGUAGUUCCAGUACAGAUACUAAGGAGCAGAGAAAAGUGUGUUAAUUUAAUACAAAACCACUGUACCAAGCCAGACACGCAAGCUAAAAUGUAUUCAUCCCCAAAAUCAUACAUCUCAAAAACUCUUUUAUCAACUCUACCAAAAUUAUGAGAACCUGUCACGAAAUACGAAAUGCAUAUCGGGGUAUCGAAUAAACCACUUGACUCACCCACACAUACGAAGGGCGCUUUUCACGUACGCGGGCCUUUUGUGCCGGGGGCGGCGCGCGUGGUAUAAAAGGCCGGCCGGCCCAAGCAGCCCCACAUUCCCGCCUGUGAUCUCACUAGCGACACACGCUCUCUACUAUUACUAUUUAUCUAUCAAAUCUUCCAACAUGUCUUAUUACGCCAACAACGAAUACAUCAUCGCGACAAACAACUCAAUCAACGAGAACAGAUAUAACAGUGAAAAGAUGAAGAACAGCGGCAUCAAGGCGCUGUUGAGGCCUUUGAUGAAAAUGAUCAAGAGAACGACGAAGCGCGUUCCCGCCAAAACUUGCGACACGUGUUUCGAGGAGGAACAGAACUCCAGCAACGAGAUGCUGGAGCGCAAGAUCUAUGAAGAGAUGGAGGCGUGCCAGCCUGACGCCGCCUUCCUCGUGUACCAGCAAGACAACACGUGCGACCUUGUGCCAGUGACCCCGGACAACUUCUACGUACCUGUGCACUUCGCCAGGACCGAAGCCGGCACUUUCUUCUGGACCACCGUCUCCAAGACCGAGGCAGACUUCGCAGCGGCGCACUGCUACACCGAGUGCCAGACCGCGGAGCAGCAGUACCCAGUCCUGCAGGACCGCUGGGUGCAGGCCUAAGCUCUACAACUCUCGACAACUAUCAGUGUCUUCCGUGAAACCAGUGCCUGCUCCGUUGGUUUCUGCAACCGUCUGUGAUCUUAGCUUUAGUUUAGUUCAAGGUGCCAUAUAGGGAUAAGUUAGGUUACGCCUGCUCAAUACUCGUGAUAACUCCUCGAAAGCUUUAAUUGUAUUUCAUUAGUGUUGUGAUAUUUUGAAAAUAUUUGUAUUGUAUAAUUAAUGUUAGGAAAUAGUGAGCUUAGUAUUGUGAUCUUCCUGAUGAAGCUUUAAUUGUUUUAGGGAUUAUUUAUUAACUUUUACUCGUGUUAUGAAUUGGUAUAAUAUACGAAUUGAAUGAUA